AAUGAGCAGUGUGUCCCUGUAGGUGGCGGCGCAGGUGGGUCAUGCUGCAGUGGGUUUGUAUCAGGCCUUGCAGGAGAAAAACAGUUGGAGGGAAAUGGCCUGGAGAUGGGACCAUGCUGGAGGUAAGAAGAUUGUGUUACAAGGCACUAACAUGGCGCACCUUUUGGAGUUGCAGGCUCUUGCAAUGAGCCUCAGUCUUCCUACAAAGCUGGUACAGGAUGCUGGACACACACAGGUGGAGCCAGGUUCAUGCACUGUGCUUGCCAUCAUAGGAGAAGAGGAGAUGGUGAAUAAUGUCACAGGCAGUCUGAAACUGCUUUGAGGAAACUACUGUAAUGCUGAGGAAAACUCUUCAAGUGUAGGUUUGUUAUGUACCACAGAAAGAACAGGGGUCAGCGUUUCUCCACAGUAGCAUGGUUUUCCUCAAGAUAAUGCACUCAGUAAUUUUUUGUUUAUGUUGUGAUGACUUACACUGACACCUAACAAUGUGGAUGCAUCUUUACGCAAAAGCAAACAGUUUCUGUUACUGAUACCUAGGGAUGGGUUAUAUACCGUUAUAAUUUUGUCAACCAGUAUAACUAUUUGCGUACCAUUUCUAUUGUGGUUAUGCCAAUGUUUCCUGCAGUUCUGAAACUCCAGCACCACAA